UUCCUUGGCAUUAUUGUGCUGGCAUUUGUUUUGACCAAUCAGAAAGUACAAUGCUGUCCAAACGGUGCAGCCAAUCAAAUCGCGGGAUUCGGGUCUUGUCUCGGCAUGUUCUCGUGCCUGGCUUCUCUAAUCAGUCCACGUGUAAAUGCAGAGGUGUGAAACUACAUAGUGACACACAAUGUCUGCUUUACCCUGGGAAUACUCCACCAGCCAUGGCAUGGACCGAAAUAUCCUGUCAGCCUCAAACCAAGAAACAAACGCUAAUUCUCAUCAAGCUAAAAGAUGUCGACAAAGGAAAAAGAACAAAAUUAAAAAUUCCACCAUUGAAUUACAUGAAGCAUCAUGUGGCCAGAAAAGAGGCAAGAAAAGAAAGUCAGAUGAGCUUCUGAAAAACAAGACGGGGUGUGUUGAAUAUAGAGAUGUUUUGGAUUCUGUAUCUGAACAGUCAGAUCAUGUGCAAUUCAAAAGGCCUAGAAUAACCCCUCAUACUCUGCCUGGUGAAGUUGAGUCUGCACUACCUCUCACAGACGGCUGGGAGGUGGACAGUGGCUUUUCAUCUGAAACCAGCCCUCCCACUAGUGGCAGGAGUUCGCCAUAUGUGGGAAUAGACCACUCUAGGCUAGUAGCUAUGGACUGUGAAAUGGUCGGCACUGGACCUUAUGGCCGGUGUAGUGAAUUGGCACGCUGUAGUAUUGUCAAUUAUAAUGGUAGUGUUAUAUAUGAUAAAUAUAUUUUACCUCGACAUCCCGUCACAGACUACCGCACAAAAUGGAGUGGCAUUAGGAAACAUCAUUUAGCACAAGCAGUGCCUUUUGAGGAUGCUCAAAAUGAGAUUGCCAGCAUCCUCAAAGAGAAGAUUAUUGUUGGCCAUGCCUUAUUUAAUGACUUCCGGGUGCUUGACAUCUCCAUCCCAGCACAAAUGAUUAGGGAUACCUUUUACUGCCGCUUGCUGCGAAAGUUGUAUAAUGUUGAUAUUAAAUCUCAAAUCUCUUUGAAGAAACUGGCUGAGAAGCUUCUUAAGAGGACCAUACAGAAUAGCACAAUGGGUCACUGCUCUGUUGAGGAUUCGCGUGCUGCCAUGGACCUGUACAAGCUGGUUGAGGACCAGUGGGAAAAAGACAUCCUGUUCUGGGAUUCAAACACAGACCAUACCCCAAUCCCCAACAACUCCCUCGAGCACUACAUGCAGGACCAGUACUGGCCAGAAAGUAUAAUGGACUGCAGCCUGUAAGACCAAGAGUUAGGAUAACGGUGCCAACCUCAGUCGUCUUUGUUGUUUAAUGUUAUUUAAACCUCAAACUUGACGUUAACAUUUCUGUAAGGAAAUAUGUGGAAGUGUAAGUUGUAGAACUGUAAUAUUGCACUUGAAAAGAUUAUUUAAAUAAUUUAAACUUUGACUCUGUUAAAGUUGAUAAUGUUUAUAAAGGGAUUAUAAUGUUUAUAACAGCUUUUUGAAUCUACACCGACUGUAUUUUAGGGAAUAACUCCAUUAUGAGUUUUUCAUUUGUAUGAUCAAUGUUAUCAAGAUGUAAUGUUAAUGACACAUUAUGCUUUCUGUGGAGUUGCGGAUAGCAUUAUUGUUAUAUUGACAGUUACAUAUUGACAAUUGUAACAAAAAUGUUGUUAUAUUGUUAUACUUACAAUGCUGUUCAUCCAGAAAACUCAGUCAUGUGAAAAGUUUAAAUACAAAAAAAAAAAAAUGUUUAAAUAAAGAUUAUGAUACUAAA